AUGUUUAAGUUGGGUACCUCUUCCUCCAUCCUGUCGAAGUGUGGAUGGCGCUUGUUGUCAAAACGGAGCUUUGAAAAAGUGAUGGCAGCAAACAGAGGCGAGAUCGCAGUACGAGUAAUGAGAGCGGCGCGAGAGCUUUCACUCAAGACGGUCGCUAUCUAUUCGUACGAAGAUCGUUAUAACAUGCAUCGCUCAAAAGCUGACGAAUGUUACAUGUUGAGCAAGGAGAAGAGCGCUAUUGGAGCCUAUCUGGAUAUCCCUACUAUUGUUGAUAUCGCUAAGAAAAACGGAGUAUCUGCAAUUCAUCCAGGAUAUGGAUUUUUGUCUGAGAAUGCAGAAUUUGCUAAGGCGGUGGAAGAUGCUGGAAUCGUUUUUAUUGGACCCACCGUAGAAAAUUUGCGCAUGAUGGCUGACAAGACUUCGGCAAGAAAAGUCGCCAUCGAUCACGGUAUCCCUGUUGUGCCCGGCACUCCUGACCCGGUUGCGACGUACGAACAGGCGUUGUCCUUCUGCAAUGAGGUCGGCUACCCUGUGAUCAUCAAGGCUGCGUUUGGAGGUGGCGGUAAGGGUAUGCGUGUUGUUCGUUCGGAGCAGGAACUCAAGCAGAACUUUGAGUUGGCUUCGCGCGAGGCUCUGUCGGCAUUUGGAAACGGAACAAUUUUCUUGGAACGCUAUUUGGAGGAGCCGCGCCAUAUCGAAGUUCAGGUGAUCGGAGAUGGUACGGGACGCGUAGUCCAUCUCUACGAGCGAGACUGCUCCGUCCAGCGUCGUCAUCAGAAAGUCAUUGAGAAUGCCCCCGCGGUGAACCUGGAUCCUGCAAUCCGCGACGGGAUUCUGCAAUCUGCCUGCCGUCUGUGCUCGCUGAUCAAGUAUCGCAGCGCUGGAACGGUGGAGUUUUUGGUGGACAAGCAGGGUCGCUACUACUUCAUGGAGGUCAAUCCCCGAAUCCAAGUGGAGCACACGGUGUCCGAAGAGAUCACCGGAAUCAACAUUGUCCAGAAGCAGAUCCAGCUGGCGCAGGGCUACUCGUUCGAGGAGCUGGGACUGCAGCAGGACAAGAUCACCACCCGUGGCUACUCCAUCCAGGCGCGUAUUACCACGGAGAAUCCCUCGAAGAACUUCCAACCCGAUACUGGCGUGCUGAGUACCUUCGAAAUGGCGGCUGGCCAGGGCUUCCGUCUGGACGGCAUCGGCUACCAGGGCUACGAGGUCACUCCUCACUACGACUCUCUGCUGGUGAAGAUGACCACACGCGGACUGACCUGGGAGGAGGCCAUGGAUCGCGCAUACAGUGGCCUCAACGAGUUCAAGGUGGACGGCGUGAAGACGAACAUCCCCUUCCUGCUGAACGUGCUGCGGAAUCCCAUCUACCGCUCGGGCAAGGCCACCACCUUCUUCAUCGAGCAGAACCCGGAGCUCCUCAAGGCCAGGGACGAGCACGAGAACCCCGAAAAGGUCGUCAACUACCUCGCCAAUCUGAUCGUCAAUGGCCAUCCCUCCGAGCUUGGAGCCACCGGUCCCGCCCCCGCGCCCACCGAUCCGACCGUGCCUCCCACGCCGCCAGGCGCUAUUCCCGCGGGUCUGCGCGACGUGUUUUUGAAGGAAGGACCGAAGGGCUUCGCGAAGGCCGUGCGUGCCCACAAGGGACUGCUUCUCACCGAUACGACGUGGCGAGACGGCCACCAGAGUUUGCUGGCCACGCGUAUGCGAACACGUGACAUCCUCGCCAUCGCGCCCGCCACGGCGCGCAUGCUCCCGAAUCUGUUCUCGCUGGAGUGCUGGGGCGGAGCCACGUUCGACGUCGCGAUGCGGUUCCUGCACGAGUGUCCGUGGGACCGUCUGGCCAAGAUGCGUGAGCUAGUGCCGAAUAUUCCCUUCCAGAUGCUGCUGCGCGGAGCGAACGCCGUGGGCUACAGCGCCUACGCGGAUAACGUGAACUACAAGUUCUGCGAGAUGGCCGUGAAGAUGGGAAUGGACGUGUUCCGCGUGUUCGACUCGCUCAACUACAUCGAGAACAUGCGGCUCGGAAUCGACUGCGUCGGCGCCGCGGGCGGAAUCAUCGAGGCCACCGCCUGCUACACGGGCGACUGCGCCAGUCCCAACGAGACCAAGUACACCGUCGACUACUACCUCGACUACGUCCGCAAACUCGUCGAUCUGGGUAUCCACGUGCUGAACAUCAAGGAUAUGGCGGGUCUGCUGACUCCGCAGGCCGCCAAGCUGCUGGUCGGAUCGAUCCGCCGCGAGUUCCCCGACCUCCCGAUCCACAUCCACACGCACGACACUGCGGGAACCGGCGUGUACUCCAUGAUCGAGUGCGCCAAGGCGGGCGCCGACGCGGUGGACGUGGCGAUCGACUCCAUGUCCGGAAUGACGUCGCAGCCCUCGAUGGGAGCCGUCGUGGCCGCGCUGAAGAACACCGAGCUGGACACGGGCAUCUCGCUCGAGACCGUGCAGACGCUGAACGACUACUGGAACGACGUGCGCGGUGUGUACGCUCCGUUCGAGUCGGGCCAGAAGAGCGGCUCGUCGGACGUGUAUCUGCACGAAAUGCCCGGCGGCCAGUACACCAACCUCAUGUACCAGAGUCAGCAGCUCGGUCUGAGCGGGCAGUGGCCGCUGGUGAAGCGCGCCUACGAGGAGGCGAACGAGCUGUGCGGGGACAUCAUCAAGGUCACGCCGUCCAGCAAGGUCGUCGGCGAUCUCGCCAACUUCAUGGUGCAGAACAAGCUCACCAAGAAGGACGUUCUGGAGCGCGCAGAGCAGCUCAACUUCCCCACCUCCGUCAUCGAGUACUUCCAGGGCUACCUCGGCAUUCCCGAGCCGUGGGGAUUCCCCGAGCCGUUCCGCAGCCGCGUGCUGAAGGGCCGCAAGCUUCCGAACGGCAAGGAUCGUCUGGAGGGCCGUCCCGGCGCUUCUCUGCCUCCGUACGAUCUGGAGGGCACGAAGAAGAUGCUGGCGGAGAAGUAUGGCGAGAGCCGCGCGCAGGACCACGACGUACUAUCGUACGCGCUGUAUCCGCGCGUGUUCCAGGACUGGAAGGACUUCGAGGACAGGAAUGGCGACAUCUCGACGCUGCCGACGCGCUACUUCCUGCAGCCGAUGAAGAGUGACGAGGAAAUCACGGUGGACGUGUCGCCGAGCAAGCGCAUGUACAUCCGCUACAAGGGAAUGAGCGAGGUGAACAAGCAGGGACAGCGCGAAGUGAACUUCCAGAUCGAUGGUCGUCCGCACACGGUGGUGGUGAACGACAUCAAGGCGUCCGCUUCGGUGAAGCGACGCGAGCAAGCACAGGAAGGAAACAAGGCGCAGGUGGGCUCGCCGAUGACGGGAGCCGUGGUGGAAGUGAAGGUGGAAGCGGGAAAGAAGGUGAAGGCUGGAGAGCCGAUUUGUAUUUUGAGCGCUGCGAAGAUGGAGACAGUAGUGGCAGCUCCGUUCAGUGGAAUUCUGAAGAGAGUGAUUGUGGAGAAGGGUGAAAAGCUGAAGGCUGGUGAUCUUCUCGUGGAAAUUGAAUCCGAAAAGAAGUGAGUAUGAUGAUACGUUUU